AUGGCCGCUGCCGGGCGUUGCGCUGCGGGACGGGAGCGAGCGGCGGGAGCGAGCAACGAAGUUAGCCGGGACCGAGCGCAGCGCCGGCCGCGCGCACAGGGGAGCCGCGCUGGGAUCCGAGAGCGGCGGGGGGAGCAGGGCGCGUUUGGACGGCACCACUUUGUGGCGGCGGGGGGAGACCGAGGAACUUUGGGAGCGGCCGGAUCCCAGCCGAAGAGGCAGGGCUGUCGGUGUGUUUCAGUUCACAGGCUGGUUACCUACAUCUUUGUCUAUGAAGACCUGAUAUCCUUGACCUGUGGUGCCAUUGUCAUCUGGUAUUUUGCUGGCAGCUUUGAGAAGAACGUUGGCACUGUGAAGCACUGCUUCCUCACCAUUGUGUUUGCCAUCCUGACCGGCCUCCUGUACCUCUUACUUGAAACUGUUGUCUCAAGGGUGUCAGAAGUGGAAGAUGCCAAAGGAUUCAUGCCUUUAGCUUUUGCUACACUGAGUGUCUCCACCACCCGCUCACGAAUGAAGCGGGCUCUCUUCUUUGGAUUUAGAGUUCCAGUGAUGCUGGUGCCGUGGUUUCUGCUCUUUGUGGUGUGGUUUAUCCCCCACUCUUCUCUCCUGAGCAACCUUUGUGGGCUCCUAGUUGGGAAAGCCUAUGGUCUUGGCUACUGUUUCUGCUUGGAUCUUCCGGAGUCGGUGGCCUCUAAGCUGGAUCAGAGGUUCCCUUUCAGUGUGCUAAAGAGAAUACCAGGGCUAAAAUACAUCCCGGGGUCCUCAGCUGAGAGAAGAGCCACUGAGAGCAGCAAGAUUACCCCGCUGCCUGGCACAUAUCCCACUCAAAGCUACUACUGCUCUUCACCUUCGGCUCUUCCAGCCUCCCAGAUGCAGCACCCAGGUGUUCAGAGCCAGGGAUUUCAGGACAGCUGCACGCCAGGAUUUGGCCAUGCUUUGGGACACGUGGGACCUCAGCACAGCUAUGCAAGAUGCAGCCUUGUUUCUUCCCCCUACCAAGCCAGAGGUGCCUCUGCAGAGGGCUACAUUCAGUCCCACACUGGAUCCUCGCCUGGACAGUGCUGCCAGAUAAGCAAGUUCUCUGUGCCACAGCGCGUGUGUCUGACUGGUCCACAGUCACCUGUUGGCCUGGACCUCCUGGCUGGGGUUCAGCAAGCAUCAGGGGAUCCAGCAGCCUCAGCAGCUCCUGUUCCAGCUGAAUUUUCAAGAGUUCAGGUGUACUGAUCCUCCAGAAAGCAGCAGGACUUGCAGCAGCAGGGAAGACGAUGUGAUGCUCACGGAGCAGCAAUUGCUGGCACUGUUGCUGUCUCUGAGUGUUUAGCAGUCUUCUUUCUCCACACAAUACCUACAGUUUCAGAGCCUCUGUCCUCCAAUUCAAGUUUGCUUAUUUCUCUCUGGCAAAGCCAACGUGCGCAGUUAUCCAGGCCUGGGUGACCACACUAGCUGUGCCCACGUAUGCUCUCUGCUCAGCUGGAAACAGGCUUGUCAGGCAGCUGGACAGGAUUGCGUGGCCACACUCCUCAUCUUGUUUUGAGGGAAGUGUUCCCUGCUGCUCGCUGCCCUUC